AAGGGUGCUUCACUUGGAAUUUAGUUUUCUUUUUUGCUUUAAGUUAUUUUAGUGACCCAAAAAAUAAAAUAAAACCUCAUCUUAAGUCUCAACUCCCUCCCCCAUUUCAUCUUCUAUCUUUCUCGGCUCCAAAGUCAGCGAGUCAGAGGAGUUGUCAAAGGAUUCAUCAAUCCGAGAAAGAUGGAUUACCACAACAAACUCAUUCUUGCUCCUAUGGUUCGCGUUGGCACUCUUCCACUUAGAUUACUAGCUGCUGAAUAUGGUGCAGAUAUCACUUACGGUGAGGAAAUCGUUGACCAUAAAAUUGUCAAAUGCGACCGCCGAAUCAAUGAACUCCUUGGAUCCACUGACUUUGUGGAGAAAGGGACGGAAAGUGUUGUGUUCAGAACCUGUGAUCAAGAAAAAGAUAAAGUUGUGUUUCAAAUAGGCACAUCUGAUGCCGUGAGGGCCCUAACUGCUGCUCAGUUAGUGUGUAAUGAUGUUGCUGCAAUAGAUAUUAACAUGGGAUGCCCCAAGCCAUUUUCUUUGAGUGGUGGGAUGGGUGCUGCUCUGUUGUCCAAGCCAGAGCUUAUUAGUGAUAUCUUAACAACACUACGGAGGAAUUUGACUCUACCAGUAACAUGUAAGAUCCGGCUACUAAAAUCACCGCAUGAUACAGUGGAACUAGCCAGGCGGAUUGAGAAAACUGGUGUUCAUGCUAUUGCAGUCCAUGGAAGACAUGUCUUAGAUAGGCCCAGAGAUCCGGCAAAAUGGAGUGGAAUUGCUGAUGUUGCAUCAGCAUUAUCUAUUCCAGUUAUAGCAAAUGGUGAUGUCUUCGAGUAUGAUGAUUUCCAACGCAUUAAAUCUGCAACAGGUGCCUCGUCGGUGAUGGCUGCAAGAGGGGCACUUUGGAAUCCUUCAAUAUUUUCACCUGAAGGCAAAGUUUCUUAUGAAAUUAUGGAAAAGGAGUACAUUAGGAAGUGCAUCUUGUGGGAUAAUGAUAUUAGAAGCACCAAGCAUACAUUAAGAGACAUGAAGUCACAUUAUACGUCUCUUGAAGUCCCUUUUUGGAGGGCUGUGGUUAAAGCAGAGUCCACAGCAGAUGUAGCGGAACUCUACGGGGAGCAAGAAUACUACAAAGAACACUACCGAUUAAUAAAAUCAGAUUCCAACAAAGGGUAUAGAUAAUUUUGUUUUGUUACAGAAAAAUUCAUUGGCAGAAUAUGAAAGCCUUGGUUUGGAUUAUUGUACCUCCCAAGCUAAGUAAACCCUUGCAUUAUUUAUUACUCAUACACAACCUAAUAUUUCAAGACUCUAGAAUUUGAGGAUGGAGCUAACUUGAUCAACCAAUACCUGCAAGCAUGGACAUGGACAAUGUUAGAGACUUUGUUCAUGAAUUGUAAUUUAUUUAAGGAGUUGCAAUAUUUUUUUGUAGAAAUGCUCUUAGUAACGUGAACAAAAAUGAGAUUGACUCAUUCUGUAUUUAGCCCCAUUUUUAUUUUUAUUUUUUAUUAUUAUGAAAAACUCAUUGUUUUUA